AUGGGCGCCAUCUUAAGCUGCCAGCCGCGCAAGAUCACCACAAAGAUCACUCUCGAAAAUGGUGAUUACAUGGUGUACACUUACUCCUCCAAUCCAGAAAACAUGGAUCCUUCGAAGAAUGAUUGGGAGGCUGCACUUUUGAUCAAAACAAAAGAUAUCAAGCAAGUGUUAAAACAAGGUAUCAUCAUUUCGGAAGACGAUAUUCAACUGCAAUCCGGCGGUAUCACGCCCCGAAAGCGCCCCGAACUUCUUCAAGGCAGAGGCUGGGUCCACACCCGUCAGUACAUCUUGUCUGGCAACUCGUGUGGCGGAUGGGCGGCGCGUAUUGAGGUCGGGGCGCGCGAUCUCGCUCCGCUUGCGAGCUUUCGCAUCACGAAUCUUGUUUGCCAUGCGAACCAUGGCUGGCCUAUGGAGGAAGGACUAUUGGUGUGUUUAAGCAAGGCUCUCGAUGAGGCAAAUUUAGUUACGUGGGAUACGUAUCAUGGGUCUAGCCCAUGGUGGCCUAUGCUGGUCACUAUUGUCCCACGGAGGACAGAUGUAUCGGCGUCGGGAGAUAACGUGAAGGGCGAUGCUGAUGGGGUCGAGGAGCCAGUGCCUACGUCCAGUGGCAAGACGAAGAAGGGAUAG